AUGUCGCAAGCAGGUGGGCAAAAUCCUCCCCCGAACCCGGGCCCGUAUCCUGCACGAAAGGUGAAACUGAAGAAGGGCGACACAAAAAAAGGGCCCACUCCAGCAGCAAACGUCGAAACUAUGUGCCACCGUAGAGGAGUCCUGUUUGGAUGUGAAGUUGCCUAUUGCUUGUUUGAAAGACAUUCGAGACAAGAGUCUCGUACGGAAAGUAGCAAUGUGGGCAGGCUUGCUUCGAAAAGGUCAAGUGUUGCUCGAGUUGCCCGUUGUAAUAUUUUUGACAUUGAAGGCAAUGGUGCUCUCGACCAAGCUGCUGUUGGUAAGCGUUUAAGUGAGACAGUUUUGUCGCGGAAGGCUAGAAAGGGGAAAGGGGAAGGGAACAUUCUGUUUCCUUUCUCUUACAGAACCGAUACAGGGACUGGUGUUGAAGCUCGAAGGGUUCAAGUCGUGGGCGAAGAAGCUCGCAGCCACACAGUUUCCAAUUCAAGUUCAGAAAGUCUUCCGCCCGUCUCCGUACUCUCGAAUUUUGUAAGGGCUUGUCGAGGGGAUGACUCAGGGCUUUUUGCGGUGUGAUUUACCGUACCUCCCUGUGCACUAAUUAACAUUGACGUGAUCAGGCUAACUCCUUCAAUGUCCCGUUCCCAGCCUCUUUAAGGCGGAAAAAGUCCAUGUAAGUGCUUGUCAACGAUUGUUGAGUAAAAUUGGGCGAAACUUUUGGGUGUGU